CCAGCGGCUGGGUACCACCGGCGCUGCUGCCCUAGGCGCGGACCGCGGCUGGCGCGGGGCUCCUGGGGCUCGUCCGGGGCCGCGCCGCCCUGCGCCUCCCCGCCGGGACCGCUGGCGCCCGCACCGCAGCCCGGAGCGGCCUCCCGCGGGGCAGGCGUGGGCGUUCGCCGCCGACAGCCCGCAGCGGGUUGCGGCCAGCGCGGUGCCGGGUGCCUCGGCCUGGCGGUGCUGCAGGAGGCCUGGUUGCGUCACCGCCGGCCCUCCGCCAGCUCGGCGUGAUUCUUGGGCCCGGCUAGAGGCAUUGUCCAGAUGUGAACCAAGAUUUGGCCUUUUCACCCAGAGAAAAAGGAAAGGCUCAUGGGCACACAGUGCUGGGAUCGUGGGCACACAGGGUGUCCCCUCAACAGAUACCAACCCCAUCCAUUUCAAGGCUAUGAGCACAGCAAGCCCAGACUCCAAUGGCCAGGCCCAAGAUCUUAUCCAAAUAGUUUCCAGGUCCAGCAAAUAGAGUUUCUCAAGGGGCUGCUCCCUGCAGCACCCCUAACUGGAAGACAGGCGCCGUCACUGUCACCAUUUGUCCCUGGACUUGGGCCGAGGUUUCCAGGACCACCUUCCAGAAGCAGGGAACUGGGGACCUCAGGUAUCCUCAGGGGCGUGCCUCCCAGAAGUCAGGUGCUCCAGAGGGAGUCCCCGUGUCUUUCCCCACGCAGCAGGACUGUACCGUGGAGAGGUGUCGACUGGCUCUCCUCACAUUUCCAGGAACUAGGCAUCAGCCAGGGCAAGGAGGAGAGAGUCUUAGAGCUCUUGCGGGGGCUCGGAGAAGGGAAGGCUGCCACAGCCCAUGACCUGGCUGCAAAGUUCAGAGUCCCGAAGAGGGAAAUCAAUCGAGUUUUAUAUUCUCUGGCAAAGAAGGGUCAGCUGCAUCGGGAGGCAGGAACACCCCCUCUGUGGAGAAUCGCCACGCAGGCUGGGAACCGGCACAGCCAAGUAGCCAGUGUAGACGCUCGUCGACAGGAAGCUCCAGACUCAGAGCCCAGCUUGGAGACUGAAGACAGAAGCUUCAAGUCUGCCUCAGAAGCUCCUCCUGAGCCUUUUGACAUGGCUGAGCUCAAGGAGAAAGUUUGCGACUACCUGUUUAACGUGUGCAGCUCCUCUGCCCUGAACUUGGCUAAAAAUAUUGGCCUCACCAGGGCCCGAGACGUAAAUGCCGUGCUGAUUGACCUGGAAAGGCAGGGUGAUGUCUACAGGCAAGGGACAACGCCCCCCAUAUGGUAUCUGACUGAUAAGAAGCGAGAGCGGAUACAAAUGAAGAGAAAUGCAGACCUCGGCCCCGAGACCAUCCCAGCUGCUGUGCCUGAGACCAAAGGAGAUGCUGUGGCCUCCCAUCACGUAGCUGCGCCAGCCGCCUCGGACGGUGUGGCAGCCGUAGAAGUGCAGAAUGGGCAGGAACCUGUGAUAAAGCUGGAGAACAGGCAGGAGGCUGUGCCAGAGCCAGUAAAACCAAAGCCGCCUGCCCAUGACAAUGGCCCCUCAAAAACAGGGUAUGUUGACUUUGAAAAUGGCCAGUGGGCCACAGACGACAUCCCAGAUGACUUGAAUAGUAUCCACGCGGCACCAGGUGAGUUUCGAGCCAUCAUGGAGAUGCCCUCCUUCUACAGCCACGGCUGGCCACGGUGCUCACCCUACAAGAAACUGACAGAGUGCCAGCUGAAGAACCCCAUCAGCGGGCUGCUAGAGUAUGCUCAGUUCGCUAGUCAGACCUGUGAGUUCAACCUGCUAGAGCAGAGCGGACCGCCCCAUGAGCCUCGAUUUAAAUUCCAAGUCAUCAUUGGUGGCCGAGAGUUCCCCCCAGCUGAAGCUGGCAGCAAGAAGGUAGCCAAGCAGGAUGCAGCCCUCAAAGCCAUGACAAUCCUGCUUGAGGAAGCGAGAGCCAAGGACAGUGGAAGACCAGAAGAACCCUACGACUGCUCCAUGGAGAAGGGAUCUGAGAAGACUGCAGAGGCCCAGCCCAGCACCCCUUCAGCGACAUCCUUCUUUUCUGGGAAGAACCCCGUCACUACCUUGCUUGAGUGUGUGCACAAGCUGGGGAGUUCCUGUGAAUUCCGCCUCCUGUCCAGAGAAGGCCCUGCCCAUGACCCCAAGUUCCAGUACUGUGUCGCCAUGGGAGCCCAUACUUUCCCCACUGUGAGUGCCCCCAGCAAGAAGGUGGCCAAGCAGAUGGCCGCAGAGGAAGCCAUGAAGGCUCUGCAUGGAGAGGCAACCAGCUCGGCCACUUCUGAAACCCAGCCCGGGGGCACGAACACAGAGUCGUUUGAUAACCUGGAGUCCGGGAUGCCCAACAAGGUCAGGAGGAUUGGUGAGCUGGUCAGAUACCUGAACACCAACCCCGUGGGUGGCCUGUUAGAGUACGCCCGCUCCCACGGCUUUGCAGCUGAGUUCAAGUUGGUCGACCAGUCCGGCCCUCCACAUGAGCCCAAGUUCGUUUACCAGGCAAAAGUUGGGGGUCGCUGGUUCCCAGCCGUCUGCGCACACAGCAAGAAGCAAGGCAAGCAGGAAGCAGCAGAUGCGGCCCUCCGCGUCUUGAUUGGGGAGAACGAGAAGGCAGAGCGCAUGGGUUUCACAGAGGUAACCCCAGUGACAGGGGCCAGUCUCAGAAGAACUAUGCUCCUCCUCUCCAGGUCCCCAGAAGCACAGCCAAAGACACUCCCCCUCACCGGCAGCACCUUCCACGACCAGAUAGCCAUGCUGAGCCACCGCUGCUUCAACGCCCUCACUAAUAGCUUCCAGCCUUCCCUGCUGGGCCGCAAGAUCCUGGCCGCCGUCAUCAUGAAGAAGGCCUCUGAUGACCUGGGGGUGGUGGUCAGCCUGGGGACAGGGAACCGCUGUGUGAAGGGGGACUCUCUCAGCCUGAAGGGGGAGACUGUCAACGACUGCCAUGCAGAGAUCAUCUCCCGGAGGGGCUUCAUCAGGUUUCUCUACAGUGAGCUGAUGAAGUACAACCCCCAGACCGCAAAGGAGAGCAUCUUUGAGCCUGCCAAGGGAGGAGAAAAGCUCCAAAUAAAAAAGAGCGUCUCGUUCCAUCUGUACAUCAGCACGGCCCCAUGCGGGGAUGGCGCCCUCUUUGACAAGUCCUGCAGUGACCGUGCUGUGGAGAGCACAGAUUCCCGCCAUUACCCUGUCUUUGAGAACCCCAAACAAGGCAAGCUUCGUACCAAGGUGGAGAACGGGGAAGGCACGAUUCCCGUGGAGUCCAGUGACAUUGUGCCCACGUGGGACGGCAUCCGGCUUGGGGAGAGGCUCCGCACCAUGUCAUGCAGUGACAAGAUCCUUCGCUGGAACGUGCUGGGCCUUCAGGGGGCGCUGCUAACCCACUUCCUGCAGCCCGUGUAUCUCAAGUCAGUCACUCUGGGCUACCUGUUCAGCCAAGGACAUCUGACUCGUGCCAUCUGCUGCCGUGUGACGAGGGACGGUAGUGCCUUUGAGGACGGGUUGCGGCCCCCCUUCAUUGUCAACCACCCCAAGGUGGGCCGAGUGAGUGUGUACGACUCCAAGAGGCAGUCCGGGAAGACAAAGGAGACGAGCGUGAACUGGUGCCUGGCUGACGGCUACGACCUCGAGAUCCUGGAUGGGACCCGAGGCACCGUGGACGGGCCACGGAAUGAACUGUCACGUGUCUCCAAGAAGAACAUUUUCCUCCUGUUCAAGAAGCUGUGCUCGUUCCGGUACCGCAGGGAUCUUCUCAGACUCUCGUAUGGCGAGGCCAAGAAAGCCGCCCGAGACUAUGAGCUCGCCAAGAACUACUUCAAGAAGAGCCUCAAGGACAUGGGUUACGGGAACUGGAUCAGCAAGCCCCAGGAGGAGAAGAACUUUUACCUCUGCCCCGUGUGAGGGGGGCCGGGGCCGGGGGGCCACACAGCUGGGCCAUAGCUUCCUCAUCUCUUCAGUCUCGGGGAAGGGAGGGGAUCCUUGUCUUUUCCUUUUUUCUUUUUUUUUUUUUUUUAAUUUUUUGGUGGGAGCAGAUUGAUGACCCUGAGAACCACCAGCCCCCUGCCCUUUCUGUGGCAAGGGAGGCCCGUCUUCUCCUGCUGCACAAGCACGAGGGCCUAUGGCCCACCUCCCGCUCAGCCCCACUUCGGUGUCCACGUCCUCUGCCGUGUGUUUGCUGCACCAACUCUCACCCUCCAGGUCAGGCCCCCAUCCGCCAUCUGUGCUGAGUUCUGCAGGGCCAGAGGUUUCACUGGUGAUUCUGCAGGCCCCUCCGUCUCCCCUCUGCCCUUUUGCAAUUCCCUCAUGAUCACUAAGCUUCUCCUUUUCCUCCAAGAUCAUAAGAGGUGAACUUACAGAAUUCGGUGAAAUACACAAGGACAUGGUUGUAAAACUGCGGUUCAUUAAUUCCCAGGGCGGGCACGUCCCGAGUCUGCAGGUGAUGUCCAGUGACCUUAGGGUCUUGCACUUUAGCCAGCAGGGAGGGCUGGGCUGCCGAGAGGGCCAGCAAGGCCUAGGGGUGGCCCCUGCCGUAGCAAACGCCCCAUGGGGUGACACCGUCCGCCCCAGGGAGCACAGACAUGCCUCACGACACCGCCAGCUCAGCUGUCCUCCAGAAGCAUUCCUAUGGAUUUGUCAGGCCAGCAGGGCACAGAUCCCAGUGCACAGCAAGGGUUCUUGCAGGGCAAGUCCUUGGCUCAGAUAAUCAGGACUUAGAAUCAGGGCAGAUCAAUCAUGUUGGGUCAGAUCACUGUACCACCCAGUACCCUCAUGACUGCACCUGAGAAAGUUGACCAAGUCAUGGGUAAAUUAGGAGUUUUUAAAAAUGUCAUAAAUGUUGAUUCUUAACUGCUACAGAUAAUCUGUAAUUGCACAGAAUUUAAAGUCAGACCUAAUUUUCCAUUUAUCAAGUGCUCCUGUUUGCCAGCUUGCUUCAGAAGGGCCAGCCAUGGCCUGAGGUCUCCUGGCCUAUCAGGGAAUCUUUGUAGGAUGGAUGCUCAACAGCAGUUAAAACCCUGUGAGCCGGGACCCCCACCUCCCCCUCCCCGUCCAUACCUCAGGCUUGUGGUGACUCCCAGGGUCAGAGCCUACAGUGUCUCUGGAGGCUGGCUCGAUCCUGCAUCAGCCACACCCCACCUCCAGGGGUGCCCCCUUCACUGCCUGACAGCACCCGGGCCUGUGCCCUCACAUGAUUUUCCCUCCGCCCCUACACCCCACAGACUACUGACAAGGCCACCCUGUCUGGCCCUCCUCUUCAGUGGUAGAUACACCCACACUUUUGUUCUUGUGGCUACUAUUUCCUCUGUGCUUUUGACCAAAAAUUGACCAAAAUUAAAAGAAAAAAGAAACAUUCAAGUUUUUUUAAAGUAUACUAAAGAUCUCUGUGGAACAGCCAGGUGUCUCAAGGAACUGGUAGGGAAACGGUGCCUACUUAUGGGGCGGAGGGGCCUGGCCCCAUCCUGCGCACCUGCUGGGGGCACAUGAGGCCUGUCUUGCCCAACGUGGCUCGUCCCCCAGGCUCUUCAGACUGGAGGGUCUGGCCUACUGACCCCACAGAACGUCCAGACCCUCUGCUCCAUCUUGGGUGUUAGAAUUUCCAUCAGAGCCCCACUCAGCCCAAGGUCAGAUGAGACGCAUCUGGUUUCUGCCGUAGGAAGGGGGCACAGCAUCCUGUGCUCAUGUGUGUGCUGGAGACGAGCCCACGUGCGGCCUGUGUCCCCGCGCCCCUCGGGGCACAGCUCCUGUCCACAGUGCUCACCUUUUUGUCAAAUCUUUGUUUUUAGUAACCAGGACGCCCUUCUUCCUUUUUUAAAAUGAUCUUUGUAGUUGAUUUGUCUGAACUGUGGCUAUUGUGCAUUCUCUGAAUAAUCACUUGUGAAAAUUGUCGCUGCUUGAAGCUAUUUCCUUUACUCUCGUUGAGCGACUGUUGGUUUGGGUCCUGGUGUGACUCCAAGAGCAGAUUGGAAAGAGCCCAAGCACAGACUUGGUGCUACCGGGGCUGCAGUCAGGUUUACGAUUCCACUUUGAUGUGUCCCCUGAUAACCGUGACUAACAAUAUACAUUCCUCAUAAAUAAAGAAAAAUCUGAAUUGUUA